AUCUCGGAAGGUAAGAUAUUUGACACUGACACAUUGUCAAAAAAUGAAAAUUUAGUAUCCUCUAAAUCUAAAAAAUUAUACUGUAAACAUGGAUAAUUUUAUAAAAAAUAUAAAAGACAAAAUAUCAGGUAAUAAUCUCGUCGAUAUGAUGAAAGAAGCAAAAGUGAUCGACGACAAUACGAUCAAAGAACAGGAGGUUCGCAGGGUUCUUAAAAACAUCGACCCCAACAACGAGCUCAGCAUUGAGGACAUGACAACCAAGUUGAGUGACAUCAGCACCGUGCCCAAACCCACCAAGAGCAAGGGUCAGGAGGCGCUGGAUGUAGCCAAGAGCAGUUUGGGCGUGCUGCAGAAGUUCGCCUCCAACGAAGAGAAGGCUCCGGAACCUCCCAACGAAGACGAACCCUGCCCAUACGUCAAAGAAGACAACAUAUUCAACCUGUGCGACGACUUCCGUUAAACCUAUAUAACGAUCAACCACAAAAACAUGUGAAUUAAUAAUAAUAUUUUGAUGUUUUAAA